GUCCUCCUUGUCCCCGGUGAACGUCGUCACGGGCGCGAUGUGUCACUUCGAUGGAUAAAUUACCGACAGUCGAGUCCGACCCGUCUCCCGUGCUUUCCCCGAGACAGGAUAAUGCCUGGGAGCAAUAGCUAGCCGGACUGUUCCAGACACUUUUUUUGCUCGUAUAUUUUUUAUUUUUUUAUUUAAGGGAACGCCGAUGAAAACACCCGCUCUUUAAAACCCUGUCGCUCGGUUCAGAUUCAGGAUGGGGAUGGUCUUUCCCACGGGCAACAUGUCCCUCGUCUCGGUGACUUUGGCAGUGCUCGCCGUCGUCCUCUGCUCGUCUCAGGUGACUGGAAACGAGGACUGCCUGUGGUACGUGGAUAAAAACGGCACCUGGCACAACGGCUUCGACUGCCCCCUCAUCACAUUCUGCUGUGGGAACUGCCACCGGCGCCAGUGCUGCCUGGACAGAUUCAAGAUGAUCACGGAGAGGGAGCAGAAACGAUGCAUGCUCUUCCAGUUCAGCCCCACCACUUUAGCCGGCAUCGCCUCCUCCAUCCUCCUGUUCGUGGCCAUCAUUGCCACCAUGGUGUGCUGCUUCAUGUGCUCCUGCUGUUACCUCUACCAGAGACGGCAGCAGCGGGGCAGGACUCCUUACGAUGCCCAGCAGAUCCCCAUGGCCAGCUACCCAGUGGAGCCCAUGUAUGACGCUUAUGGAAAACCGCUCGGACCGUCCGAGUACCCACAUGCAGGCUAUCCAAUGGCGCCCCAGUAUCCCGGCAUGCCUCCACAGUACCCAGUGAUGCAGCUGGGACCGUACCAGCCACACCUAAUGGAUCCUGCUUAUAGCCAGGCCCCACCACCUUAUUCUCCGCCUCAGUAUCCUGGCCACUGAUGGGUUCAUCUUCACACACACACACACACACACACACACACACACACGCACACACACACUACACAGUGGGGAACAACUGUAAUGGAUAGAAACGACUGUUUCCAGAGGAGAAGGCAGCAACACACACACUCGAAUAAACACUACAGCUUGAUUAGCGGUGGUUUGCCUGUGAAACGGAACAGGAGGCACUUUAAGUUUUUUUGUUGUUGUUUAUUUACUAGUCUUAGUUUCCCACAGUACUAAAUCAAACUCUGUCCUGCGACCAGACGCCUGACCGCUGUCGACCGGUGUCACAUGAUCCUUAAACUCUCGACGCUGUGCUGCCACUUCUGACGCACUCACCUCAAAGACAGGGUGUAAACUAAACCCAGGGCUCAUUACCUUAGAGAAGAAGGCUCAGAAGGGAUUUAUAUAUAUGUGUGUGUGUGUGUGUGUGUAUAUAGAUAUAUAUAUAUAUAUACACACACAUAUAUAUAUAAAGAUAAUGCACUCCCUUUUAAUUUGUCGAAGAGAACUGUCUUACUUUCUCACCUUUGUUAAAUUUGAAUGAAUAGAAAACUGCCUACAGUUACAUUCCAGGUAAUCUCUGAUCCACAGUCUCCAGAUAACAUGAUGUCUUUGUAUCUAUAUUUGAUGUCGCUUUCGCAGUCUGAUCCAAGCUAAAGUGAAAAACAAAUUGGAAAUUAGGACCACAUGACUACUUGAUGAGGUGAAGUGUUCCAAUGAAAGACUGGUGGAUUUUCCGGUACUCCCUGAUCUGUGUAAGGAGCCUUCUGACACCUGUUGGUUUGAACUUUAUCUCGUCUUCUUUGUAUCUUGGAGGUAGUUUUUUUUAGCCUUCUCAUGUACCAUCGCGACAUCAGCAUGCUACCCAGUCAGAGUUUCCUGCCCUGUUACGCUUCCUCUCUGGUUUUAAACGAUUAGAAGUCCGUCUUAAAACUAAUUCCAUAAUUCCCGGCAGGAUGUUUCUCACUGAAAUUAAUGUAAAAUGUGUAUUUGUUGUAACAUAUCAGGGUUGGGGGAAGGGGCAAGUUGCAGGUGGAUGCUGCUUGAUUCAAACAAAAUAUCCCACCUUACAAUAAUAAUUAACCGUGAAAAUAAGAGAUUAACUAUUUAAAUACAUAUUUUGUAAAGCUGUUCUUCUGCUAAAUAUUUUAUGACAUUGUAACAAGUUAUUUGGAAACGGUGUAUUGUCAUUGUAACAUAAGAUAUGAUGUUUUGACACAUUUCCAUUAAGUAUUUAUUAUGACUGCGGUUACCUUUUACUGUGAAGGGGUUCAAAACAUCUGGACUGAGCUACAAAGCCAAAAAUGACUACUGUUGAAAAUGUAGACUUUGUUCACCUUAAAAGAUUUGUUUAAUUUAAAUCCACUGAUUUGCAUUCUGUCUGCAAGUUAGAUGAGAGGAUUGAUACCUCCUACUGUUUCUAUGGACCAAGUUCUACAAUCUAAAUGAUUAGCAGCAAAAAUGUACCAGAAACAAAAGUACUCAUUAUGCAUAACAGUUUACUUUAGAAUGAUGUUUACAGUUUUCAAUUUUGGUUCGUAAUCAUUGAUGCAUCCUUUACUGCUGGGUAAUUUUAUUUAUUUGAUGUUGUGUCUGUAUUAAAAAUUCAAAUAACUAGUCGGCUACCGAAUAAAAGUAAGAACAUCUCCGCUGCUUAUAUCAUCUAAUCAACUAAUUUAUCGCUCCCCGCUAUUUACCUGAUUCUUUCAGAAGACAAAUGAAGCUGGAGCCAGUGAUUUGUUAGCCUACCUUAAUUAAUUUGUUCCCAAGCUGAAGUGUAAAUAUGUUGAUAAAGGGGCUAUAGAGAUGGUGGUACGGGGGGAUUUUGUAACCCUUAACAUUGCUUCCAUUGUUCAUGCUGAGCUAAGCUAACUCUAAGCUAACAGUUAGCGUUAGAUUCCAAGACUUAAGGGCUGUGACACACCAAGCUAUCAGUGAGCAUCUGUGAUUCUGGUUUUGACCGCGCGUGGAAAAGAAAACACGUUUCAGAGGGCUCACGUGUCUUCAUAUCAUCUGAGCACACAAAUAUUUUGCCAAUAGCAUGAUUCUGUAGGACGGAUAAACUGCCAACCAGCUGAUAACAGUGCUUUAGGAGAGUCCUGCUCGUGUGUGUUCAAAUGCAGCUUUUUGGUUUUGACAGUGGUUUGGUGUGUCCAUAGUUCCAGAGCGUAUUCUGGGACCGUCAGUAUCUUUGUAAAUGACCAUAUUCUCAGCCAGGUCUCAAAUCUCGCCCUAAUCGUAGCUGGAUAUCCAACGGCUACACAAACCUAACCGACUGCCAUCCAUCCUCUCGUCCAGCUUGAACUCAACAAGAAAGCAGAAAUGUGGAUUUCCCAAAAUGUCAAAGUAUUCUUUAAAAAUAAAUAAAUAAAUAAAUGUUUGCUUGACAGCUUAGCUCCAGAUAAGUUAUAGCCUGUAAUCUGAAGUUUAGCAUGAGACAGCAAUGGGCCUUGAAGCCUUUGUAAGAGCCGAGAACCGUAAAACGCUUCCUAAGAGGUCGUCCUAAGUCGUAUUGAAUUGGACGCGUUGUACAAGCAGCUUACAGCGUGAAUUAUUCACUCCUACGACGACUUCCUCGUGUACCUGCUGAGCCUUUGUAAAGCACAAGGAGAACGCUGUAAGAUGAUUUCACACGAAGUAGGACGUAACAUUUGCUCGGUGAUGUUUCUGUUCAUUUGUGCUUCUUAACCCUGGGUUUGUGUUUUAAGGAAACUGACAUCAGGUGGAAAAUAACAUGUCUAGAUAUGAUUUUUUUUUCUUUUUUUUUGGUCUGUUUGUCAUAUGUAUUGUAUGACAUAUUGUAAUAUAAAGUGAGUGAAAAGUUUUUAUUUCUAUUGACAUAAAAUUUAACUUUGGAAUGUAAAUUA